AUGGCUCUCUCUUGCUCAGUUAACACUGUUGCCCAGCCAGAGCUCUUCGGCACUAAGGUCGUCGGAUUUGAGAUCAAUCUUGUUGAGAACCACAAUGCUACCGCCUACUCAGCCCUCUAUUAUGGUCACCCAACAACAAUCGCGGAGAACGUCGAUUUUUGCAAUAUCACCGUUACCUUCACGCAUCCCGGCUACGGCGACGAGAUCCACGUCGAGACUUGGCUUCCGAUGGACAACUACAACGGCCGCCUCCAGUCUAUUGGGGGUGGUGGUUGGGUCGCAGGCCGGUACUCGCCCAGUUACGUUGGGAUGAGCGGUGCGGUUGCGGAAGGUUAUGCGACGUCCACGACGGAUGCCGGAUUGACACUGCAGCCGGACUUUGGCCCUGAUAGCUGGGCCUUGUUGCUAACCAUGGAAGCCAUCAUCUCGAAAAGCUUGAUUCAAAGCUUCUAUGGGGAGCCGGCCAAGUACUCGUACUGGAGCGGCUGUUCCCAGGGUGGCAGACAGGGCAUGAUGCUUGCGCAGCGAUACCCAGAUGCCUACGAUGGCAUCCAUGCCUCUGCCCCGGCGAUUCAGUGGAACGAGUUGUUUGCGAGCACCUUCUGGCCCCAGCUUGUGAUGCAGCUAAUGGAGUUCUACCCUUACCCUUGUGAGUUGAGCGCCAUCACAGAUGAGGCAAUCGAGGAGUGUGAUGGUCUUGACGGCAUUGUUGAUGGACUAAUCUCCAACGACCGUGCUUGCAAAUUUGAUCCCUUAACGGUAGUCGGCAAGACAUUUAAUUGCUCCGAUACUGGCAAGAACAUGACAAUAUCCAAGGAGGCCGCCAUGCUGGCAAGAGCUUCCUGGUCAGGCCCUGAAACGGAAGAGGGUAAGUUCAUGUGGUAUGGCCCUAAUAUCGGAAGCCAGCUUACUGGAUCAACCGCGGCGCUGACCAACGACAUUGGACUUGCUAUGACGUCCUGUUCUUCCAACGGAACUUGCGUUGGCGUUCCCGUUGGUCUCGGAGAGGUCUGGAUCAAGUAUUUCGUGGAAGCAAACCCGAAAUGGUCGUACAAGAAUAUGACGCGAAGCGAGUUCGAGACCUACACGCGCGUGGCUAAGCAGUCUUAUGAGUCAUUGAUCGGGACUUCCGACCCCGACUUAACUGCUUUCCAUAAAACUGGCGGCAAGAUUCUCGGUUACCACGGGAUGAGCGAUCAGAUUAUCCCAGUUAAAGGCACAAGGCAUUACUACAACAAAGUCAAGGAAAUAAUUCCCAAUGUUGAUAGUUUCUACCGCGUAUUUGAGGUUCCGGGCCUUGCCCACUGCUCCGGUGGGAACGGAGGCCAGCCUGUUAACACCUUUGACGCCCUUCGAGCCUGGGUUGAGAAUGGGACUGUCCCAGAGAAUCUCCCUCAUUCAUUCAAAGACAAAAACGGAGCUGAACAGAACAGACUUCUGUGCCCGUAUCCGAAGACUCCCAAGUUCAAGAAGCAUCACAAAAGCGAGACGUCUUAUCAGUCCAGCGACUUUAUAUGCGUCUAG